AUGUCAGUAUCUCCAAUUGAAUUGGAUCUAGACACAGACAACAUAAACAUAUCUCCUGUACAAGAUGUGCCAACACUGAUAGAAAGUGUAGGUAUGGAAAUGUUGCCAACCCUAAUAGCGGUGAUGAAUUCAUCAAAGUGGGCAGAUUUGUUAAUGUCAAGAGGGCAAACCUUUAUUAGUGCUGAACAUUUUAGAGAGGCAUUAUAUAAGUAUAGCCUUGCACACAAGUUUGGUUACCGGUAUGUAAAGAAUGAUAGGCAUAAGAUGAUUGUGAAGUGCUGUGUAGAUGGUUGUCCCUGGAAAAUUUCAGCAUAUGGUGUAGCUCCAAAUGACAUUAGAUGGGAUUUGGAAAGAGAGUAUGGGUUGAGCCUCAACUACCAACAAGCAUAUAGGGCGAAAGAGAAAGCAUUGGCAAAAAUUCAUGGUUGUCCGCAGGAGUCUUAUAUGCUAAUCCCUUGGAUAUGUGAAAGUUGCUGUGUAGAAGGGUUUUUGAAAGGUGGUAGACCUAUAUUAUAUGUGGAUGGAUGCUACUUGAGUGGUCCCUACAAAGGAACGUUAUUGGGAGCACAAGCGUAUGAUGCGGAUAAUAAAUUAUUCCCACUUGCAUAUGCGAUUGUUGGAGGUGAGACGCUUGAUGACUGGGCAUGGUUUCUUGGUAACAUAAAGGAUAUUACGGGAUCAUUAGAAGUGACAAUAGUAUCGUAUAGACACAACUCAAUAAAAGGUGUAGUACAAGCCGUGUUUGGAGGAGAUCGACAUGCUUUUUGCUACCGUCAUAUGAAGGAGAAUUACAGUGCUGAGUUUUUGAAGAUAACCAGGGGAAAGAGGAGGACCAGCGGACAAACAAAGGAUGUUGCACUAAAAUUACUUGAUUCUAUUGCAUACGCAAGACUUGAUAGAAACUUUGAUCGCAGUAUGGAAAAGCUAAUGGCAUUUUGUCCAGAAUUGGGACAAUGGCUUCAAACAAAUGGAGACAUUGAGCGUUGGGCACAAAGCAAAUAUCCUUACAAGAGGUGGGACAAUAUCACAACAAAUAUAACUGAAUCCUUUAAUGCUUGGCUUGUUGGUGAGAGGAAGUACAACAUAGCUGUCUUGAUACAUGAGCACAGGGAAAAAUUGGCAAACAAGAUGUACCACAGCAAAGAAGCCAUGAGGAAUUGGACCAGUGGUAUGGGACCUAAUAUAGAGGAAAAGUUGAUGGAUCAUGUGGCCAAAUCAGAAAGAAUAGAUGUGCAAGAUUAUGGAAUGAAUAAUUUUAGGGUCAAAUGUCAGGACUACCUUGCCCACAUGCAUGUGCUGCAAUCAAGAAGGUAUAUGGCUCUCCCCUACCUGUCCACUGACAGACAGCUUAUUCAGGUGAAGGUCAUCAUAUGUAUGUCUUUUGCAAAUUGGCUAGCUCCCCUUGUAAAUGCGCUCUCCCUCACUUGUUCUCUCACGGACACAUACUUCAGCUAA